AUGAUUAGUGCAAUCUUAUUAUUUGUUUACUAUCUUUUUGUUGUUAUUUAUCCCAUAUCCUGUCAAAUAAUUCAAGGACGCAUUGAUGCCACAAGUGUAAUCAAAGAUAACAUCAUAUAUGUUCUUGGAGGAGUUAAUAAUGAAAAGGCUUUACCUGAAAUAUUGUCCCUCGAUCUUACCACAUCAAUGACAACAGAUUCACCACCAUGGUCGCAUACGUUAAAUGCUCCACCUUUGGCAUUUGCAUCAAGCGGAGUGGUUCUUGGCGGUCUUAAUAAUAAUUUUAUACUUGUCAUUGGUGGUAAUAUGACUGAUUCGGUUAGUGGUGUUAAUAUAUAUGGCGAACAAACUCUAUUGGAAUAUGAUAUUCAUAAAAAUGAAUGGAAAAGAAUAGCAAUGGCUGGCGCGCCCCAAUUAAAUGGGAGAAUUCAAUUUAGUUUUUUAAGUGAUAAUGGUGGAAAGGCUUAUCUACAUGGUGGUUAUAAUGGCACGUUUCUAGGUGAUACAUAUUUAUUUGAUACACUUUCGUUCACCUGGAAUUUGUUACCGGCACCUCAAAUUCCAAUAUUGGCAGAUGACUUUUCUUCCGUAUGGUUAAAUGAUGGACGGUUGAUCAUCAUUGGAGGAUAUGGACCGCCAGAGAAUAAUGCUCCCAUACAUAGACCUAUUAGCCAGAUCGAAAUAUUUAAUACGAUUGAUAAUACUUGGAGUAAAAAAAUUGUACCACAACCUAAAGAAAUGACCGAUCACCGUAGAUAUCAUACAUCUACACUUCUUCCAAAUGGAGAUGUUGUAAUAGUCGGGGGACUUGAUGUAACACCCAACGUUGUAAUAUUAGAAACAGCAAAAGAUCCAUUUCGGUGGAGGAUUCCAGACAUUUCUGGAUUAGAAACUCCACUGCUUAAUGAACAUUGUGCAGAACUUGUCGAACAUAGAUAUAUUUUCAUCAUGUUUG